AUGGAUCAACAUAUUUUCCAUCGUAGUUGGAUGUACGAUAGAAAAUAUCCGGGGAAAAGGAAACUUAAGGCGGCUUUUGUGGAUGGAGUUCGUGAAUUUGUUGCUUACGCCAUGGCGCAAGAUGCCUUUCAAUUGGAGGGAGGGAUAAGAUGUCCGUGUGUUAAAUGUACGUGUAGGUUGAUUCGGAGCCCAAAAGAUGUUCUAAACCAUUUAAAGGACAUUGGUUUUAUGGAGAAUUAUUAUGUGUGGAUUUAUCACGAUGAACAAGAGCCAACAAAUAAUACCGAGUCUGAUGUUAAUAUGCACGCUUCAAGCAGCGAGGCGCGUAUGGAGUGUGAAAACUUUGGCGUGAUGGAAGAUAUGGUCGGUGAUGCACUUGGGGUGAACCUGUCUUACAACGAGGGUGGUGAAGAGGAAACAAUCCCGAAUGAGAAAGCGUUGAAGUUUUACAAGAUGAUGCAAGAAGUAAACAAGCCGUUGUUUGAAGGGUCGUCUGAUUCUAAGUUAUCAAUGAGUGUGAGGCUUUUAGCUGCCGCAUCAGAUUGGAGUGUAGCCGAAGAAGGCUCAGAGUGUUAUACAGAUAUCAUGAGGGACGCAACUCCUGUAAAGGACAAUUUGCCCUUGAGUUUUUAUGAGGCUCAAAAGUUGGUGGAGAAGUUGGGAUUGGAAGUUAAAAUUAUUGAUUGUUGCGUUAAUGGGUGCAUGUUGUUUUACGACAACGAAUUUGGUAAAAAUGAUGGGGCGUUGGUGGCGUGUAAAUUUUGCAAUGCACCGAGGUAUGAAGUAUGGGAUGAUGUCGGUUCUCAAAAGAAGAAACGAGUCUCAAUCAAGUCAAUGUUUUAUCUGCCAAUAAUACCAAGAUUACAGAGAUUGUUUGCAUCAACUCACACGGCUGAUAAAAUGACCUGGCAUUAUUACAAUAAAACUAAUUCAGGUGUGAUGCGACAUCCUUGUGACGGGGUGGCAUGGAAGCACUUUGAUAAAGUACAUCGUAGAAGAACAAUUAAAAGUUCUAUUUUGAACAAUUGUGAGUCACCUUUGAAAUAA